AUGUCGGAGCGUGAACACCUGUUGGCCAUGUCCCUUCUGGAGGAUGCGCUCUUGGGUCGUGUCAGUGUACAAGCAGAUGAUUUGCAAACCAUUCAAAGCUAUCGGGACUAUCAUCGCUGGGAGUAUCGACUUUUGGUUGCUUUUCUUGUUGUGGCUCUGUUGGCUCUGGCCCUUCUUGAGGCUCCCAACGGGAGCCUUCAGCUCCUCCUUCCUUGGCAAGCCACCAUGAGCAUCGAGGCUCUCAUCUUGCUCGUCUUUGCGAUCCGCUUGAGGCAUUUGUCGCGCUUCCAAACCUACCGCCAGUUUUGGUUUGACCGGAAAAACAUUGGGCUGAUCGCCAUCAUUGCGCUAACCUACAUUGACAUGGUCGUCUACAUUGCCACAUCUUCCACCGACUCGUUCACCCUCCGCUACACGCGCGUCCUUCGUCCCAUCCUCGCCGUAUGCUUUAGCGAAUUUCGACAGAUUCGCCGCGUCUUUCGAAGCGUUCGCCGUACCAUCCCAGGCGUCGCCAAUGUCUUGGUCCUGCUGUUGUCUACCAUUGCUCUUUUCUCUCUGUUGGCCCUGUCCUUAUUUCGAAAGCACCGCUAUGUGGCACCAAGUGGCGAUCGUUACAUGGACUCAUAUUUUGACAUUUACUGGGAGUUUUACGUCCUCAUGACCUCCGCCAACUUCCCGGAUAUCAUGAUGCCGGCCUACUCUCAAAACGAGUGGUAUUCCAUGCUCUUUGUCUCGUUCAUCGUGAUUACCAUGUACAUUUUCCUGAGCAUUGUGCUAGCCGCCGUGGUAUACUUUACCUGGUUUUUCGACGUUGUCAUUUUUGCCAACGCCAUUCUUAUUGGCGUGAGCGACGACGAUGCGGAGGUGGUCCUUCUGCCCCUCUACAACGUUGAGAUGCUGCUCAAGCUUUACACUUUUGGGACAGUCAACUUUUUCCGAAAGUCCUGGAAUGUGUUCGAUUUUGUCGUCAUCUUCAUCGGUACACUUCUGGCCAUCUUGGAGGCAGCGGGUAUGUGUGCGCGAUACAGAGAUGUCAAUGACAUUAGCUUUUUAGAUUUUGUUUUGGUGCUUCGUGUCCUGCGUCUCGUUCGUAUCUUGAACCACUAUGAACAAUUUGCUGUGAUCAUUAGUACCCUUUCGCAGCUCGGCCCGGCUCUUUGGACCUAUGCGUGCGCGCUCUUCUUGGUGUUUUACGUGUUUGCGGUCGUUGGGAUGGAGUGCUUUGGCGGGCGCAUUUACGAGGGUCAUGUUUUCGACCCAAACUCCACAUACUACCAGGAUUUGAUGUCGCAAAAUCCGCAGCUGAUCGGUAGUGAUUUUGCCAAGGACGGCUACUUUACCAACAACUUCAACGACGUGGUAGCUGCCUACGUGACCUUGUUCGAGUUGAUGGUUGUCAAUCAGUGGCAUAUUCUGACAAGUGGCUUCGUCAUUCUUACUAACGAGUCGGCCCGCCUCUUCUUUCUUGCAUUUCAUCUGACCGCCGUCGUUCUGAUGCUCAACAUUUUUGUCGCUUUUAUUCUUGAAGCCUUUUUGAUGCAGCUACAGUUGUUUCAUGGUGUCGCCACUGACGAUCUCUACACCAAAGUCCAAGCUUUUCUUGAAGCCCAGUAG